AUGGCUUCACCACGAAGAUUCGUGUCCACGCUAAAGCAUCUAUCACCUCGGCCACUAGAAAGUGCUACGUCAAACAUUAGAGUACGUCCAAGUCCAAAAACUCCAGAUAACAUUCACGAAAAAAAGAUGGAAGAUGAAAAGUUGUCACCGUUCAAUAUCGAUACUCCUAAUAGAGUCGAACUACUCAGGAACGGUCUGUCGAGGAAACAUCGUUCUGUGCUCGGAGCGGGUGCUUUCGGUACCGUCUACAAGGUACUUUACAAAGGAAACCAAAUGGCAGCCAAGAUAAUUCCACGCAAACAAAAUGACGAUGAAGUAAUAAACUCGGAGAGACAUGCGACUAUCCUGCGACAUACCAACAUUGUGAAAAUAUUGAGAAUAGAACAAGGCAGUAGCUUAUCAUUGAUAACAAUGGAACUAUGCGGCACGUCAUUGAAGGACAGGCUGCAGGAAUCGGCACUGUCGAAAGAGAAGCGUGUCUCAAUCUGGAAAGAUAUCGCUAGCGCGCUUCAAUUUUGCCAUGAUUCUGGCGUGAUACAUGCAGACGUUAAAGCAACCAAUAUUUUAAUGGCAGCUAACGGUCAAGCUAAGCUCACUGACUUCGGUAGUUCUAUACUAGUGAAUGAACCGCACGUUUCAAUCAGGCCACGAGGUACGCCGGGCUAUGCAGCACCAGAAGUGCUUCGAGGAGAUGUACCUACGUUCGCUACCGAUAUUUAUUCCCUAGGAAUCGUGGCCUGGCAAAUGCUCUCUCGAGAAGUACCUUUCCAUGGAUUACAUAUGCAUACCGUCAUAUACAUUUCUGUAAAAGGAACACGUCCUGAAUACGAAGCUCUUGAUGACGAGUUUGAUGGAAGAUACAAAGAAUUAUUCAGAGCGGCAUGGUCCCAGAACAUCGCAAAUAGACCCUUGCUCCAUGAAAUAAUCAGUAGACUUGAUCUUUUGUAA